CCACACGUCUCUCUCGAGAUGUCGGUGGCAGCGGACGUCUCUGACUGGAUCGCCACUCCUGCUCAACUCAAUAGAAAUAAGUGUGGAAAGAAAGCAGUGUUUUCAAGAGAUAACUCCAUCGUCCAGCGGCGAGAUCUUGAGUGGGGUGGUGAUUGUGUCUGUUACACAGUCCAUCCCCUGCCUCCAGGGCAGGUGUGGCAGACCACCGUCCUUGAGACUACCACUGGGUGGGGUGAUGGACUGGUUGUUGGAGUGACUGCCACUCUACCUGAUGUGGUGCCUUCUUACCUGACAAUGCCUGAGUCUGGACCCCAUGAGUGGAACUAUCGAAGAAUAUCAUUAUGGCACGAUGGGAGGGAGCUGUCUUCAAGUCUUCCUGAUCUCGACGAUCUCAAACCUCAUCAAAGAGUCGGACUUCUUCUCACUGCUAGUGAUGAUCUUCAUGUCUUCAUCGAUGGAUGCCACAAGAAAAAGGUAGCAUCUGGUCUGCCAGUAAACAACCAUCUGUGGGGAGUAGUGGAUGUGUUAUGCAAAUGUACCAAGAUCAAAUCUGAGCUACUGAGUGUAUGGAGUUGAAGUACAGUUUGGUAUUUUGCCUAAGAAAACAGACCAUCAAUUAUGACAUUCUUUGCAUACUUAAAGUAAAUUUUGGAGUAGUUUUUUUCAACACUGUGCCUAUAAGUAUAGUACUUCAUCGUUUCUCCUACAUUUUGUGAUCAUUUCAGUUCCAACAGCAGCAAUCUUGAGAGAAGCCAUGAAGGACGGCUACAUUCCCCACAAAGACGACCUGUUCCUUAUUCACGGACCAGGAGGGGUGGGCAAGUCGAGUCUCAUUUCCAUGUUCCUCGGGAAACAGAGAGAUCUCGCUCGUGUCAGCACUGCAGUCGCGGAAGAGUCCCUCCACCUCUGUCCCGUCCGAGAUGUGUCAACCUCAACCUUCACCGGUCAGUGGGAACUGGUGGACAUCGACCGUCAGGCACGCAUGGUUGCCCACACCAGUCGACACCUUCUCACGGAAAAAGACCAGCCACUGAAACAGCUCCUUCACUACAAGAAAGUGACGCCGGAAAAAUGGAGGCCGAAAAGGAGGGAGAAUCCGAGGUGCUAGCCCCUGCCGAGGCAUUUCUGAAAUCAAAGAAAGGCCUUCCGAAACUCACAUCACAAAUCGCUGACAAACUCAGUGCAAUGUUCAAAAAAUCUCUCACCAAGUCCCUGGGAGUCGACCCACACAAUAUUGAGGGUCUCUUUGCAGAGAUACAAGAAGAUCUUCACAAGUCAAUGCGUGACUGGUGGGAUAUUCAUGAUCUGCUUCUCUACUACUCCAUCCGCCUGCUUGACUCGGGAGGCCAGCCACAGUUCCACGAGGUCGCGUCCAUUGUCGUGCCGGCUGUCACGGGCAUCAUCUCAGUCUUCAAGCUCUCUGAGCCUCUUGCUGUUCACGGAGAGGUGGUGUUGUACAAGGAUGGGGUACAGGCCAACGAUCCUUACAAGUCGUACCUCACCAAUGAGCAAGUGAUCCGUCACAAUCUCCUUGCCAUCCAGUCGGAGGUUAGCCAGAAAGGGACGGAGGAAAUGCCCAAUCUCGCGUUUGUUGGCACAUUUCUUGAUCAGCAGGACGCCUGUCCUGAAGAAACUCCCGACCAGAAGGACGAGCGGCUGCACUCCAUCAUCACCGAGAUCCUCCCCGAAAGGACGCAGCAAUGCGUCAUCAGCAACAGUGGGUCUCUGCAGCAGGUGAUAUUUAAACUCAACACCAGAACACCCAGUGAUGAAGAUUACCAGACAGCAGGAAGACUGAAAGCAGCUCUAAUGAGCAGGUCACAGGUCAAGCCCAGAAACCUGCCUCUCAAGUGGUGUGGGUUCGAAGUAGCUCUUCGCAAAAUGAUGGAGAAACUAGGACGCCAGGUUCUCAGUCUGCAGGAGUGCGAGUUCAUUGGCUACAAGCUUGGCUUCGAUCCCCCAUCCCUGAAGGCGUGCCUCAACUACUUGCGUGAGCUCCACAUCCUAUCGUUCUACGAUGUCCUGCCCAAUGUCGUCUUUGCCAGUUGUCAGGUGAUCCUGGACAAGAUCACUGAGCUUGUCACCUACAGCCUAGAGUUGAAGAAAAGGGAUCGGGUUAGCACUGGGGUCGACCGAAAGUUCCACCAGCAGGGAAUCCUAUCGCUGGACAUCCUCCAGUCAGAAGCCUGCUCCAAGCACUACAGUAGCAAGUAUUUCGUACCAGAGGACCUGCCGAAGGUCCUCAAGUCGCUUUUCAUAGUCACAGAUGUAGGGCCAGGGGAGUACCUCAUGCCUUGUGUUCUGGAGGUCAACGACAUCCUCCCAUCUCCCCCAGUUCCUAAAGGCAACGUCCGAUCUUCCUUUGUCCUCCACUUCUCCAAGAAGAGCCCAAUGCUUGGAAUCUACUGCUGCACCAUCUCCUACCUGCUGACUGCGGCUGGCUGGAAGCUGUUGACAAGGGAUGGGGAGGUAGUUCAGGUAGCUAGGAACAGCAUCACUUUCGAACUGCCUCAGAAUCUUCCCGGGAAACUGACUUUCCUCGAUCCCCUUUCCUCCUACCUGGAGGUAGCUGUCGAUCUUCAAUCUGUGGCUGCACAGCACAGCGCAGCGCUCUACAAGGAGAUUCGCGAUACGUUUGUCGAAGCAAUGAAGAGCGCAAUGCAAACCCUCCACUAUGAGGUGAGGACACCAGAACUGUCCUUCCUGUGCCCUGAGCAGAGCUCUCGAUGCUCCGCCUUCCCUCAUCUUGCCACACUCAAUACCACUCACAGCCUUCUCACCUGCUCCCGCAGUCCACACUGCGUGGCCCAUCCUCUCACUCCUGACCAGAAGAUGUGGCUCCCCACUCCUGCAGAAGGUCCUGAAAAGAAGACAAAACCAAGACGACAGAAAAAAGCCACCGCAGCUCCUCCUAUAUCAACUGCUGAGUCAGCCACGCCCUCUCUCUCCUGUUCAUCUUCUGCAGUUCCCCCCACCUCCCAGCCUCCCUCUCUGUCUCCACAGCUCCUGCCUCCUCUACCACUGCCACCACUACUACCAACACUCCUGGUGAGUUCUGAGCUGAUGUAAUUAUUAGAUGACAUUUUUGGCGAGCGGGAGCGAUCCAACUACAGAUAUACAGCCACUGGUGAUCACAGGGAGGAGUAUAGUUUGUCAGUCCUCCGCUGCUGGAGGUGUGCCUCUCGUGUGUGCGAUGCCAGCAAGAAGGGCGUGCUUUCCAGUCCUCAGCUGGUAGACGCUGCCGCCUGCGAGCUAUGUCUCGUGCUCCUUGGCUGUUUCUGGAGCAAGAGGCUGCCUCCUGCGAGCUCCCCUGUAGUAGAGGCGUUGUUGUGCUGGGAUCGAUGACAAUACGCACAGGUGUAGAUGCAUAGGAUUGGACAAAGAAGACUGAAUUCUAUGGCUUUUGCCUUGGGAACUACAAGUUUUAGUGGGUGGUUGUUUCUCAGUUCACUAAUCACUUGUUGCCUGGAGUAAAAGAACAAUAGAAAAGUGUAUCAUAAUAAUUAUGU